AUGGCGUGGCCAGAAUGGCUGCAAGAUAAUGGUUCCAUGCCGGCCUUCGACUGCUGGGCUACAGUGAAUGGGAAGAUGCUCGCAACCGCUGAGGUGCUCGAUGGCUCACACCUUAUCCUUCAGAUCCGUCCUCGCCUCCGAGGAGGAGCCAAAACCCCACAUGCCCCCGCAGACAUCCAGAAGCUCAAGAAGCACCUCAUCACCAAGGGCGUCCCAGAAGCCCAUGUGGACGAGCGUGCGUCGGAAGUCCUUGACGUGCUUUCAGCGGAACAAUUGGCUCACAUCUACAGGUCUCUUGAACCGUGGGCUGAGAUCAAAAGGGCCGUUGGGCUUAAGGAUAAGACUCCUGUCCAACUGUUGCCCGAGUAUUUUGCAAUGGAGAAUGGCGAGCAACCUCCCUUGCUUGAUGAGCUCAAAACAGCGGCCAAAGGCAUCGCGCUUCUUCCCCUGUCUCAGGUUGAGACACUUGCUUCAGUCGGCAACUACCUGAGCCAAGAUGAGUGCGCUGCGGUGGUCGCUGGGGUGUGCCCUCCUUCGGUGGCCUCCUUCAAGUGUGAGCCCAUCUCCUUUAUUGCAGAACACCUUGAGGCCGGCAAGGUUCUUCUCAAAGGGCAUCUCGUCAACUUUGGCGAAAAAGUCGUCAAACUCCAUAGCCCUGCAGCCAACAUUGAGCUCUCCGAAAAGGAAGCUCGGGUCAUUACCAUCGAGAUUGUGAGAAAAUUCUGCCCGGACUGGCGGAAAGUGGCGAGCAAUCCGCUACGCUGCGCAUGGGCUGCCGUUCCUGGACUGCAAAAGGGGCUCCUUUCCACGUGGUCCCGCAAGUUUUUCUGCGAAAGGAAGCUCUCUAGCCCGGAGGAAGCUCAGACGUGGCACUGUUUUGGGAAGGUGGUGGCGGACCAGCUCCCGGACAUCCUAAUGGCUUCUGGCAACGAGGGAAUAUUCGUCAAUCCGAAGUUGGCGCAAGGCGGCGCAGACAACCGUUUCAAAGUCAUAUGGGCUGAUCAUGACAGUCUUGCAAAGGCCCAAACGAUAGCCAAGACUCACCCCUCCAUCAAGGGCCUGGUCCAUGGCAAGAGUUCUCUUGGCUUCAGAGUGCAGGCCACGGAGUACUCGGCAACACGCCUUCGCCUUGAUCCCAGUUGGCAAAAGGAUGAGAUCUUGAAGUAUGACCUAGUUGUCCAGUUCCGGUACCUCAUGACGCCUCUCCCGCUUGACGUUGACAAAGGCAUGGUUCAGGAAAUCCUCAAUCAGAUGGGGUGGCUUGCAACACCUCUACGCCAAGUCGGCCCAGCGUCCUGGUUGGUAGGAGCGCAAGAGGAACCAAAGUCAGAAGUCAUGACCUUCCGUGGCCAGAUGGUUCUUCUGACCAAGGAGACUAUCAAGGACACUGGCAAAACUACGCAUUCCGCAGCGCUUGCCGCUCCGACUUCCCUGAAGAAGUCUUUGGACCGCAGAUUCAAGGCCGAAGACAAUUCAAUCUGGAGUCACGCAGCCAGAGGAAGUCAGCUCUUGGGGGUUCCUGUGCCAAAGCCCGCGCCUCAGAUUGCCCUACAACAAGACGUCGAGACCAAGAUCAAUGCCGCAAACGUCCUCAUGCAGACUGAGAUCGAGUCCAAAAUGGAUAAGACGAAUGAAGAGUGGCGACAAGCCAUGCAAGAACUGGAGGCUCGCAUGCAGGUGACGAUUCAACAGUCGCAGCACCAACAACAAGUUGAGUUGGCUCGACUACAGGAACUUCAUGCCCAGGAGACCGUGAAAGCUGAGAACGCAGCCAAAGCUGUUGACAACCGCCUCAAUACACUCCAGGCUGACGUCCAGGGACUGGCCCAAGCAAUGUGCUCCAAGCAGGACAUGCAGGCUAUCUUGGCUGAAGCCCUCGCGAAGCAGAGCUCAGAUUUUCAACGUAUGCUUUCAAAGCGCUCCUCCGAGCCACAAACGCCCGAGAAGAGAGCGAAAGUCCAGCAGUGA